CACCGGAAACAUAUGUGCACCAUUUCCGUUCUAAUGUCAAAUAACUUAAAUAAUUUAUAUAUGAACGAAAUGGAUCAUUAAUUUUUAAAUAUGUUAUCAACAUAUAGAAUCUUAUUAUAGCAAUUGUAAUUAAUUUCAUAAAAUAUGGAUAUAUUUUAAUAAGUUGUGAAGUGUGAGGAGAAAUUUUUUGCCAAAACAUCUUUUGAGGUUAGGAAAUUUAUCAUUAUGAGUGACGCGGAGGAUGAUAUGAUUCUCGAGGAGAUUCGAGCAUUGGAAAAUGCUCUAUCGCGAAAAAAUGAUGAAACAGAGGAAUAUUCUUUAAAUAAUUUAAAAACAGAAGUUAUACAUUGUCAGGAGAAUAUUGAGGAAACAAUAAUUGAAGAAAGACAUUCUCCAAUACCAGAAUCAAUACUAUUUAUUAAUAAUGAAAAUCUCAGUGGUCCAUCAGCAUUGGCAUUGGAAUUAAAUAAACAAUUAAUUCAACGUUUACAAGUGACACGCGAACAAAUUGCCACACUUUUAGAAGAAUGUAAACGAAAAAAGGAGAUUAUUGGUCAAAAAUUGAAACAACGAAUGAAAACGUCAAAUAUUAAAACAAUAACAUCACACGCUGGUAUGCCAUAUUUUAAAACAAAAGAAUAUUUUGCCGCACCACCAAAUGAAGAUACAAAAUUAAAAGAAGCACGCGGUGAAUUACAAAUAAUACAUCUUCGUCGUGUUUUACGUUGGACGGCAAAAGAUAAGGAACUAUUAUUAAAAUCAAUUCAUCGUGAAGUUGUUGAAACAAUGAGAUAUAUGCCCGGUAAUGAGAAAAUUGAUUUAAAUAGUAUUAAAUUGGGUAAAAAUGCUGCAUUACCCGAUAUUAUUGUUCGUGAAAUUGGCGAAAUGGGCGAAAGAGAAUUUGAUUGGAUGAAAAUUGCCGUUAGUGAUUUUCAAAAUAAACAUUCACCUGAGGAAUGUCGCGUUAUGUGGAAUAUUUUUCUUCAUCCUUCUAUUAAUAAAUUUAAAUGGAAAAAAAAGGAACUCGUUGAUUUAGAAAAAUAUGCGAAACAAUAUAAAAAUGAAAAUUGGGAUAAAAUUGCAGAAAAAUUAGGCACACAUAGAAGUGGCUAUCAAUGUUUUGUAAAAUACAAUACAAUGAAAAAAAUGCCACAAAAUGAUAAGCCAUGGUCAAAGCAAGAGGAUCGAAAACUAAUUCAAUUAAUAAAUAAAUUUAAAAUUGGCGAUUUUAUAAAUUGGGGCGAUAUUGCAAGUUGUAUGAAAACAAGAACAAAACAUCAAAUUUAUUUUCGUUGGAUGUAUAGUUUAGCGCCACAUUUAAAAAAAGGACGUUUCACUGAAGAUGAGGAUAAAUUAUUUUUGGAUGCUAUUGAAAAAUAUGGAUUGAAUUUUAAAAAAAUUUCCGCUCUCGUUCUACCAGCACGAACAUCAGCACAAUUAAGUGAUCAUUAUAAUACAUUGACAAAUAAAGAUGACAAUAGUUGGACAGUCGAUCAGGAUAUGAAACUUCUUCAAUUACACAAAGAACAUGGUAAAAAUUGGUCAAAAAUUGCCACAUUUUUUGAUAAUAAAAGUCGUGUUCAAUUACGUCAUCGUUGUACUGCAUUAUCACGUUAUGAACAACGUGGUAUGGAUCUUCAACAAAUACCACGUAAUAAUUAUCGUGAUAAAAUUGUCAAUAAAGAUAUUGUUGUAUUUCAUAAAAUAACAACAAAAAAUCAAAAUGAUUUUAAAGAUCUCGAUGAAAUUGACAUGGAAAUAAUAAAUUAUUUUCAAAGUGUUAAUAUUCCAAUGACAAAAUCAGGGAGGAAAAAAAAAUAUUAUACACCCAGUGAACUUGAUUUGGCAACAAGAAAAAUGUAUAAUAUUUUAAAUUUAAUGAGUGCAAAUCUCACAAUACCCUACGAUCUCGAUGAAUACGAUUGUCUCAAUGAGAGGGAUAAACAAAUAUUAUAUGCAUUAAAAAAUAUUCGUCAAGAUGCAAUUAAUGGUAAAAUGUCGGAGAAAAUUGAAGAAACACGAUUACGUUUAUUUAAUAAUUCGGAGAAUUUAACGGAAAAUCAUUUUGUACCACCAUUACCAUUUGGUGGUUAUACACGAACACAUAAAUACAAUCAAAUGAUUAAUUACAGUCUUUAUAUUGACACAGUAUUCACUGAAAAUCGUAAUUGGCAAUUUGAAACACCUGAAAAUAUUAUAAAAUUAAUUGGCGAAACAAUGAAUGAACAAUAUGAUAAAAUUGGAAAUUUAAUGACAAAACCAUCAAACAUUGAAGAUAGACGUUUAUAUCAAAAAAUUUAUAUUCUCGGACCAAAUGAAUUGAUGAAAAAAGAAAAUGCACCAUGUCAUAGUCGACAAAUACAUAAUUUAUUUCAUUCAUUGCCAACAAGAUCGAGAUUAUUAGUGAGUGAUACAAAAUUAUCACCAGAUGAUGUUAAUUAUCAUACAAGAAAAAUGGAAUCGGAUAUGGAAAAUUUUCCAUCAUUUAAACCAUGUUAUUCAACAUUACUUGGCUAUCAGGGUAUUGAAAGUGUUCGAAAAACAGUUAAUGCAACGCAACGAAUAUUAAUUGAUGAGGAAAUUGAAUUAUUAAAAAUGUCAGAAUUUAGUCGUUGGCAAUUAAUGACAUUGAGAACGCGACUUGUGCAAUUGUUUAAAUUUCCAAUUAUUAUGUCACAAAUAAUGCCACCCGAAUCAAUUGAAGAACGUGAUUGUCUUUUUGUUGAUAAAAAAGUGAAAAAGACGAAAAUUUGUGCACAGUCGACUCGUAAGAGAAAAAUAGCUAAACUUGAGGUGGAUUAGAAAAUUAUAAAAAGGUAGAUAGAAAAAUUAAAAAAAAAAUGGUAAAGAAUUGAAAAAGAGGGAAUAAUAAUAAUAAUGAAAUAAAAGAGGAAAAAAAGGAGUAAAUGGUAAAAAAGUAAUAGAUAGAAAAUAUAAAUUUCCCAUAAAAAAAUCAUUAAUUAGAAUUUUUGUUUUAAAGGAUUUUAUUAGAAAUAAUUAUUUCUUUGACGAAUUUUCAAUUUUCGAAUUAAAAUUUGACGGAGUUUCUUUUUAUAUAAAUUUUUUUGCAUAACCAAAUUUUGAGGAAAGUAAUUUUUAUUUCAUAGUUAUUUUCUUUACAUAAUUUUUUAUUUAAAAUAAUUUUAAUUUAUGCGAAUUUUAAUUUAACAGAAUAUUCUCAUUCAAAAGAAUUUUAUGUGAUUCGAAUUUUUAAAUUGACAAAAAUUCCAAUUCACCGAAUUUUAAUUUGUCCGAAUUAUAAUUUUUCCAUAUUUUUAUUUGUACGAAUUUUUAAGACAACGAAUUUUCAUUUAUCCGAAUAGAUAAUCGACAGAAAGAUUUCGGCUCAAUUUUUUAAAAAUUGACCAAUAAGUAAUUAUCAAGGUAAUUGUGAUUGGUCAAAUCUCAAAAAUUGCGCCGAAAUCUUUCUGUCAGAUUUUUUGUUCGGACACAUGAAAAUUCAACGUCUUAAAAAUUCGGACAAAUUAAAAUUCGGUGAAUUGAAAUUUUUGUUCUUUUUUUUUCUAAAUUCAAUUGAAUGAAAAUUCUGUUAUAAAUUAAAAUUCUCGUAAAUAAAAAAUUCUAGUGAAUAAAAAGUCAUGUUAAUUAAAUGACUAUGAAAUAAAAAUCCUGCUAAAUACAAAUUUGGUAGUUAAAAAUUUUUUGUUCAGUAAAAAUUCGUAUAAAAAGAAAUUCUGUCAAGUACUAAAAUUCGAAAAAUGAAAAUAAGUCUGAAAAAUAAUUAUUUCUGAUAUAAUUCUUUAAAAUGAAAAUUCUAAUUUAUGAUUUAUAUUGGAAUAAUUGUGUGCCCCGAAAAGAUCAUUUUGCUUCCUUUUUUUUCCUUCUUUUUUCAAAUUUCUCUAUUUUCUAUUGUUUAACUAAUAUUAAAUUUUUUAAUAUUACAUUUUCCUGAAAAAAAAGUUGAUCAAAAUGAAUUAUUAAUUUUAAAAAAUAAUAUAAAAACUUUUAAUUUUCCUCGAUUAUUUUUUUUAUAUUUAAAAUAUUAUUGACGAAAAUUUGUUCACGAAUUUAAAAAAAAAUUGUAUUUUUUUUCUUUGUACUUAAAAAGUGUAUUUGUUUUUUGGUAAAAAAAAAAA